AUGGCAGACUAUACACAAUACGCCACGCCCUUCAUUAAAUCAUUUUUUUCAAGCAUCGACCCACUAAUCAUCUUUGACGACGUGGAGCAUCUUACCUUACACGAGUUUCUCCGGGACUUUUACACACGCAAAGGAUUGCUUCACAAGUUAGAAGAUGUGGACGCUCUAGUAGAGAACUAUGGACACCAGCUUGACUUCAUAUAUGCCGAACUUGAUAAAAAGUAUGGCACGAAGUUCUCUAUCAAUCCACCACCUGUGGUUAAAUCUCGUCAGACUAAUGUUGUAGGCAGCUCUCUUAAAUUCCCUCGAAACGAAAGAAACUCUGGGGUGGGUAAGACAAGUCUGAUUUUUCGUCUUCAAAACAGCGAGUUUUACGAGAAAUUGAUGUCCACGAUUGAUGCUGAAUUUCUCACAUACGUUGCAAAAGUGGACAAUGUCGAUGUUAAGGCUCAAAUUUGGGAUACAGCUGGGCAAGAGCGUUUUCAAGCCACGCUAUCAACAUUUUGCAAUCGCCCUGUUGCUGGGGCCUUGCUGGUUUUUGACGUUGGCAACCAUGAAAGUUGGUUGGACGUUGAGAGAUGGCUUCAUAAACUGCUGAAUGUCGCUGAGCAUGGACUGUAUGUAACACUAGUCGGAAACAAAUGUGAUCUUGCGAACGACAAACGAGCUGUGGAAUCAGAAGAAGCGCGUCGGUUCGCAGAUGAACAUCACAUGUUAUAUUUUGAGACGUCUGCCAAGACCGGAGAAAAUGUAAAAGAGGUGUUUAAUGAUAUUAUCGCAGCUACUCAUCGAGCACGACCGACCGACAAUUAA